AUGGCAGGUACUAAGCCUAAGGGGUGGGCGGUGUUGAUCGGAAUCAACUUCUACCGCGACAACCAGUCCUUGAACGGCUGCGUUCACGAUGUCACAUCAGUCAAGGCAUUCCUGGACGAGAGCGCGCCUCACAUUGAUGCCACAGUCUUGACGGCGAGUCAACCUUCCGACUCUACUGCUAACGUCCCUUCGGAAGAACCUGCCCUACUACCCACAUACGAAAAUGUCACUCGCGAGCUACGGAGCAUAGAAGAGCAAGCAAGAGCCGGAGAUACAGUAUACAUUCAUUACUCGGGUCAUGGUACAACAGGUCGGACUCCCCUAACAAAUAGCCAAGAUCCACAUCUUGACACGGAGGAGUUUGCGUUGGUGCUGUAUGACGAAGCUCACGGGAUGAGGAAACUUCCGGGAAGCGAGUUAGCAAGGCUAUUAAAAGCAAUGGUGGACAAGAGCUUGGUCGUCAUUUUAGUUCUUGACUGUUGUUUCUCUGGAGGUGUCACCCGAGACGGAUCCAGACGCAGACCAAAGGUGAGAAGUAUAGACUACGACAACAGCAUCGCUGCUGCUUAUUCCUCACUUCCUCACCGGGGCCAGGAGCCUCUUCGUGACGGCAGAAUCGCCCCUCAGUGGUUGAUCAAUCCAGAAGGCUAUGCCACUCUCUGUGCCUGUGGACCAUAUGAGACUGCUGAAGAGUUUGCAUUCGAUGAUGGAAAGUUCCACGGCGCGCUCACAUAUUUCUUACUCCGGGCACUAAAGGCGUUGAGAAGGUCGGGUGAUGAGAUGGAUACUAAAGCUCUGUAUCAGCACAUCUGUGCUAGAUUUCAUGCUUCAGUACCUCACCAGAACCCUAGACGCUUCGGCAAUGAGACACUCUCAUGGUUUGGAAAACGCUUGGUCAACGCUGACAAUUCUUUCAGCACUGUUUUCUUCCCACAGGAAGGUAGCCAACUGUGCUUACGCGCUGGCUAUGCGCAUGGUGUUCAACAUGGUGACGAGUUUGCACUUUGCCCAUUGACAGAAGCACGCAAUGCAGAUCCCAGAUCGGACACUCAUAUUCGGGUCACUGCGAGUGUCGUCCGCGGUCUCACAUCGGACUUGGUGUCGUCCAACCCAGACAUUUCUCUGGGCAGGGUCAAGUCGGGCUGGGUAGCCAUGCCUCGCACUCAGCUGCGUCUUCAAAAUACUACGAUCCAACUCAGCCUGGAGGGCGACGAUAUCAAAACAUGGCACCAAAGGUCUAAUCCCAGAACGCUUCUCAGAUUUUGUGAAGACGAUCUGGGUGGCCAGCCUUGUGCAUUCAAAAUCCGCGUGAACAGUCGUCGUGAGUACGAAGUCACAGAUCAGUCAAGUCAGCCACUGGUGUGUCUUCCAACUGUGCCCUGCGGCAGAGACGACGCAAUAGAUGUUGCCAUCAGCAUCCUCGAGCAUGUCGCGAUUUACAAAUCAAUUGAAGCAAUCGAGAACCGCCAUCCAAUGCCACCAUUCUCUGAAUCGUUCUCUAUUCAACUUCAAAGCCCAGAGGGAAAGUGUGCGGUAAAUUCCGGCGUUCUCGACGUCAAAAAUAAAGAUACGUUGAUAAUCAAGGUUCAAAACACUGGCAAAGCUUCAAUAUACGUCCAUCUGCUCGAUUUGCGUCCUUCUUGGAAGAUUGUGAAUAUGAUUCAAGACGACGGCACGGACUAUAUCGUGGUCUGUGGAGGGAGCGAAAAUCGUGACAUGACGAUUGACAUGAUAGUGCCAGACGACAUUGUGGCCCAGGGGCAGAAAUACUGCGAAGAUGUUUUUAAAUUCUUUGUGACAAGUGAAGCAACCUCGAUCGACCGGCUGUCCUUGAAGCAGCUUCCGAAAUCUGCCGACGACGUUGGUUCCGGCUUGCGUGGAGAACAUGACACCAUGUCGACCUUUCUUCUCAGGCUUACUUCGCCCAUGCGAGGAGCUAGAGCAGGGGUUUUGUCCGAGAACUGGCAGGCCUUGAACUUUGUUAUACGCACCACUAUAGAUGAGGAGUCCGGGGGGGUGUAG